CAUAAGUCGACCACCAUCGCGACACGUACAGUAUCACUCAUAACAACAACAACAACAACAAUGCUCACGACACUACGACCCGCUGCUGCGGCGCGCAGCGCCCGCUCCCUGUGCACUACUGCCGCCCGCGCGAGCCAGUCGUUCUACACCCGCGACCCGAUCCCCCCGCCCGUGCAGUACGACCCGUCGUACAACGCCAACCGCGAGGCUGCGCACGCGUGGUUCGACAAGGAGGGAUACCGCGCCGAGGGGCGCAUCGAGUGGCCUGUGCAGUGGGGCGACUCGGACAUGUUCCAACACACCAACAACGUCGCGUACGUGCGCUACCUCGAGUCCGCGCGCGUGCGGUUCGCACUCACGCUCGCCCCCGAGCUGGGGCAGGAGACGGCCGACAACUGGAUGUACGGCCGCGGGAUGGGCUGGAUCCUCAAGGAGCAGACUAUCCGAUACCGCCUGCCCGUGACGUAUCCUGAUUCUCUCAUCUGGGCGCCCAAGAUCACCGCGCUCAACCAGGCCAAGGGGAGCUUCACCCUCUCCCAUGCGGCGUGGAGCGUCAAGCACAACGCUGUGGCUGUGACGGCUGACAGCUACGCCGUCAUGUACGACUUUGAUAACCUCAAGAAAGGAGUCAUGAGCGACCAUAUCCGUGAGGUGCUCGAGAAGGGCGCCGCCCCAGCGUCCCCCGCCACCGCUUUGCCGACCCGCACGCCGUCGUCGUUCCUCUCCAAGGGCAAGGAAGGCCUGCGCAAGGUGUCGGACAAGCUCAAGGAGAAGCAGGAGAAGGAUCGCGAGGCCAAGGCCAAGGCCGCCGCCGCUGCCGCCGCCGCUAGCACCGCCGCAGCAGACACGUACACCGAGUCGCUGCAGGCCUUCCUGCGUAUCCGCCCGCCGCCGGCCGACACGGACCCGUCGACCCACCAGCAGCCGUACCUCGAGCCGCAGGGCGACAAGGAGGUGCUGAUGCGCGCGCCGCCCGACCCGGCGCGCCCGCACCUCCCCAAGCCGAACCAGGUCUACUCCUUUGACAGGGUGUUCAAGCCCGAGACGGCGCAGGCCGAGUUCUUCCAAGAGACGACGCUCCCGCUCGUUGACAAGCUUCUGCGGGGCGAGAACGGCCUCAUGUUCUCCUAUGGCGUUAGCAACUCUGGCAAGACUUACACGAUCCAGGGCGGCGACGAGAAUGGGUUAAAGGACCGCGGGACCCUGCCGCGCGCCAUGGACGUUGUGUUCAACUCCAUCAAGGGGAUCGAGAGCAAUGUUAACCUCAAGUGCCAGGGCUUGGCCGACGUCGUCCUCACCGACGAGGACGACGGGUACAACCUCUCGAACAUGGUUACUGGCAUCGAGCCCCGUAUCGAGGACAGUGUCAAGGUCGACCGCAACUUCUCGUACGCUGUCUUCGUUUCGUACGCCGAGGUCUACAACGAGAAGAUCUUUGACCUCCUCGACUCGGUUCUCCCGUCGUCGCGCCCCACUGUGGCCCGUACGGUUAGCUCCAUGCGUUUCAGCAACUAUGGGCUCUCCGGUGCCAUCGGUUCGUCAAUGAGCCUCGCCGCCAUGGCCAACGGCGGCGGCGGUGUCCUCAAGCGCCGUGCCCUCGUUCUCAAGAACGACCCCGAGGGUAGUGGCAAGUACAUCGCUGGCCUGCACGAAAUCCGCGUCCGUACCCGUGACGAGGCUCUGGCCGUCUUCCGCACUGGGCAGAGGGCUCGCCAGGUGUUCGGCACCAUGGCCAACCGCGAGUCGAGCCGCAGCCACGGCAUCUUCACCCUCAAGGUUGUCCGUAUCCACAACGGUGCUCCCGAGGACCCGGACUCGGCCCAGGUCUCGAGGCUGUCCAUUGUUGACCUCGCGGGUUCGGAGCGCACCAGAAACACGCACAACACUGGCGACCGUCUCAAGGAGGCCGGUAACAUCAACAAGUCGCUCAUGGUCCUCGGCCAGUGUCUCGAGGUUCUGCGCGCCAACCAGCAGAAGGUGGCAGCCCCUGCCCCACCGGGCCUCAAGAAGAAGCUCGCUGUGGUGCCAUUCCGCCACUCCAAGCUCACUGAGAUUUUCCAAAACUUCUUUGUCGGUGACGGACGCGCGGUCAUGGUCGUGCACGUCAACCCGUACGACACGGGCUUUGACGAGAACUCGCACGUUAUGCGCUUCUCGGCCGUGGCUCGAGAGAUCCAGACGACGGCGAACCUGACCAAGACGACCACCUCGUUGAAGCGCCAGAUCAGCACGCAGUUCAAUGCUGUCAAGCAUGCCUUUGGCGGUGGACAGAAGAUCAAGGUUGUCGUUCCUGUCAUGCGCCCUCCGUCGACGACGCCAUACGCUCGCCAGAGCACCAUGCCUCCGCCGCCUGUGCCUCCCAAGGCUGCCAGCCGCUCCGUUCGCCCGCCCACCCCUGCCCAGCCCGAGCCCGAGCCCGAGGUUGAGGAGUUUGUCGAGGAGGAGAUCGAGGUCGUCGAGGAAGACGCCGAGGAAGAGGAGGACGAUGAUGAGAAGGAUGCCCUUGUCGACUACCUCUUUGAGCAGCUCGCCGACCUCAAGACCCAGCUGUACGAGAGCGAGAUGCGCAACGCCACACUCGAGGUCGAGAUCCGCGAGGAAGUGUCACACGAGGUCCAGGAGACCAUCCAGCGGAUGCAGGCCGAGUUCCAGCGCCGUAUCCAGCUCCAGGCGAUCUCUGGCGAGGAGAAGGCAGACAUGAAGCUCGACAUUCUCCAGCGCACCAUGGGCCACGUCCAGUCGGACGUCGACACCUCGUUUGACCAGAGCUUUGCCUCGGCCGACGAGACCCUUGACUCUGACAGCGGCGACACGACGCGCCUCUCGGACCCCUUCGCCAUGGAAGCGCCGCGUGGCGAGUCUGACGACGAGUCGGAGCUCGAGAUUGACGAGUCACUCGUCAUGUCUGAGGCUGCUGACGAGGACGAAGACCCCCUGGCCGAGUCUGUUGCCCACAACUCGGUUGUCCAUGUCGACGAGGUUGACCCUGUCGUCCACGUUGGCGAAGUCGACUCGGUCGUGCCGUCUGCGGCGCAGUCUGAUGUCGAGGACGUCGACGACGAGGAGGAGGACGAUGAGGAAGAUGAUGACACGGAGGGUGAAGACGACAGCGAAGAGCUGGAGGAGGACGACGAGAGCGAGGAGCUCGAGGAGGACAGCGAGGAUGACAGCGAGGAAGAGGAGGAAGAGGAGGAGGAGAUGGGCGACUCGUCAUUCGCCGCCUCGUCCGUGUCCUCUGCCCCGUCGUCUCCGCAACCCGCCCGCCGCCGCGCCACCCAGAGCCCGUCGAAGAAGUUGGCCACUCCUCGCAAGUCGGCCGCCCCUCGCCUGUCCAAGUUUACGCCCGCGUCGACGCCGUUAGGCGAGAGCCUGCGCCAGCUGCGCCUUGGCGAGGACGACGACGAGGAUGACGUUGCGCCGCUCGUCAAGUCUGUCAAGAAGAAGAGGACCCUGGGCAAGCGCGUCGCCACCGAGGACGAGAUCGAGGCGGCGGCCGAGCGCAAUCUUGGCGGCGCUGAAGUGCGCCGCAUGGUGCGCAACUAACACCUCUGCGCCUCGUCACUUGUAGAUUGCCCGUAAUGAGCCCCGUGUGUGUACCAUUCUUAGCAGCCAUACCCAUAUCGCGAUGUGGAUGCAUGCCUC